AUGGCUUCAAAGACUCAGAAACGACACUCUUCUUCUUCUGCGGGCAAGCGUCCGCUCUCGGACCCAAGACCUAGCUCUUCAGUACUUCUCGUCUCUCCCGUCAACGACGUGUUGUUGCUACACCGUGUUCACACCUCAACAUCUUUUGCCUCGGCGCAUGUCUUUCCCGGCGGAAACCUGGACCCUUACCACGACGGUGUGAUUCCCGUCGCGGACUCACCAGAAAGGCAUCAAGACGGACUGGCGUACAGGGUCGGUGCCAUAAGAGAGACGUUUGAGGAGACGGGCAUCUUGCUGGCCAAGAAGAGCGGCGGGUUGAUAAACCUGAGCAUCGAGGAGCGGGACGCGGCGAGGAAGCAGAUCCACGGCAACCAGGUCAAGUUUCUCGAAUGGCUAAAAUCCGUAGGCGCUGAGCCAGACCUGGAUGGCCUUAUCCCCUUCACACGCUGGAUCACUCCCACCAUAAACGCAAAGCGUUUCACAACACAGAUGUAUCUCUACAUGCUUCCUCUGACACGCGGCAACAUGCCGUCUCAGAUGCUCAUUCCAACUCCCGAUGAUGGCAUUGAGCAUACCGCUGCACUCUUUGCCCCCGCCAAGACCUUCCUCUCUCGCGCCACUGACAACUCCAUCAUCCUGUUCCCUCCUCAGGCAUACCUCCUUACCCUCGUCUCUGACAUAUUCACAAGCCGAUCUGGAUCCCUAGAAGAAGGACCCCUGCAACUUGCCGCCCAGCGCAAGAAGCUUCUCUCCUUUCUCAAGAGGACACCGACAGCAGAGACAGAAAAGGGCAAGGGGCACAAGACAGCAACAAUCCCGUGGGGCGACAAAGUCAUGAGUCCUCACAACCUCUUUAUCAGAAACGAGGACAAGAGAGUCGUUUUAGGACUAGACAAGCCUGGCCCGGAGCUCAAGGGCUCGGAGAGGGGAGGAGAUUGGGAGCGUGUGGUUCUCGUCAACUUUGGCAAAGGUGGACCGACCAAUGUUGAAGUCCGGAGGAGAGAGGACGUCUUGGAGGAGGAGAAGAAGAGCCAAGCGAGUAGCGAGAAGCUAUAG